AUGGAUCGUUUGGAGUUUUUGACGCCGUUUGACAGGAGGUUGGACAGGGAUUACAACAGUACGACGACACUGGAGAGCGGAACCAACCUGUCGAGCAGAACUUUCAACAACGGGUACUCAAUCACAUCAAACGAGUCAACGACAGGAGAAGAUGGGCAGUUUUAUAAAGUAAAUAAGGAUUUUAUUGUCCCAAAUGGAUUCAACAGUAUAUUGUUCCUUCCACUCUUAAACGCAGUGUUUAAACCGAGUGAUUUGAAAAGAGAGUUGGUGGUUAAAAUCGACCUCCAGGAACUGGUAAAGGCACUGUUGGCAGCAGCGUCGAGAGUGGAUAACGCUUUCACACUGCUGGGUAACCACGUGAAGGGGCUUUGCAUUCUCCUCUCACAUCAAAUCAAAUACCUGUCGACGGAUUUUCUAGUGCUGUCAAAGCGGCUGGUAGGGACAGACUUAGCAGUCGCCAAUAAGAUGGAGACCUCGAGGUACUACGAGAGCGACGAUGAGUCGAGAGAUAAGGCAAGGAGAAGGCAGAGAAAGAGGAAGAUCAGGGACACAGAUAGCGUGACGACAAUACAGGAGUACUCAGAUAAGAACCAAAGGUACUUUGUAAAUUUAUUCAGAGAAUUUAGUGAGCUGUUGCCAGUUGAGAGGUUUGAGAUGCUCAGGUGGAUGAAUCUAGGGCUCGCAUCCAACGACUUCAUGUUCAUGAACAACCAAGUGAGUCCAGUGCUGAAGGACUACUUGAAGGAAAUGAACAUAUCAAACAGGGUUUCAGGUACUGAGUUUGGUUAUAAUUUAUUAUUAGGGGACAAGGAUUGGCUUAGCUUCGAUGAUUUGAGGAUGUUGUCGACGCCAUUUAGGCUGAACGGCUAUUCGUUUACACCAAAUAUCGACAGUGCGACGAUCGCGGAAACCAGCGAAGUCUCGUACUCAAGUACCUACGACAUCGACUGGAGUCUGAGAAAUGACCCGCUAAACUACAAGAGCGGCUACUAUGAAAACUACUACAACGUUGACGCAAUCGAUGAUGAGUUCAAUGAAAGGCAAGUGUUGGCACUGGAGGACAAUAAGGCCAGGAAGAAAAGAAGGAGCACAACAAUGAAGUUGUAUGACGUUAACCUAGUGAGAGCAGAGAUAAAGUACGACAGAAGGCCGAAUAAGUAUAAGCCGAAAAGAAAGGCGGUGGAAAGAAGUCCAUCAGUUCAGGAAAAUAGAGUGGAUGUGGAGCAGCAGCAAAAACAAUUUGCACUGCCGCAGCCGCAAGCAGACACAAAGCAAGUCACACUUAGUCAAAUGUUCGACAAGUACUUCAGUUCGCUAGUCAACGGAGAUGGAACGACAGGUAACAAGGAGUUGAGGCAAAAGGAUGUUCGUGCUCAGAUGAACGAAAAGGAGAAUAAGAUGUACGAAACCACGUUCCAGGAAACAGGAGAUGGGUUCGGGACGCUGGACGUGCUCAACUGGCUGAGGGAGACAUUCAGAAAGUCGGAUUUUGGCUCAAUAAACUUCGACAAGCUCACGAAGGGGCUGAAGGCAAGUAAGGCCUCGGUGGUGUUCCUGAGGGUGCUGAUACUGGCGAACUCGAACUUCGUGGCAGUGUCGCAGGAAAAGGAGACAAUAACAGUAGCUCCAGGGGUAAGUGGGCAGUAG